AUGUCUGCUAAAACUCAAAAUGUUAUGCGUGAAUUGAAGAUCGAGAAGUUGGUCUUGAACAUCUCCGUUGGUGAGUCUGGUGACAGAUUGACCAGAGCUUCCAAGGUUUUGGAACAAUUGUCUGGUCAAACUCCAGUCCAAUCCAAGGCUAGAUACACUGUCAGAACCUUCGGUAUCAGAAGAAAUGAAAAGAUUGCCGUCCACGUCACUGUCAGAGGUCCAAAGGCUGAAGAAAUCUUGGAAAGAGGUCUAAAGGUCAAGGAAUACCAAUUGAGAAACAGAAACUUCUCCACUACCGGUAACUUCGGUUUCGGUAUCCAAGAACACAUUGACUUGGGUAUCAAGUACGACCCAUCUAUUGGUAUUUUCGGUAUGGACUUCUACAUCGUCAUGGGUAGACCAGGUAACAGAAUCGCCAGAAGAAAGAGAUGCAGAGCUACCGUCGGUAACUCCCACAAGACCUCCAAGGAAGACACCAUCGCUUGGUUCAAGCAAAGAUACGAUGCUGACGUCUUGGACAAAUAA